GAGGAUUUUUUUUCUCUUCUCCUCCCAAACUUUCCUUACCUUCUGGUAAAGUUAUGACAAGUGUCAGUGUGACUGGACGGAGCCAAGCCAGAAGGGCUGUGUGGUGCAGGAAGGAGGGAACCAGCCUGAGCUCCAGCUGCUUGAAUCUCUCCCAGUGUGGCUAAACGAGCCAGUUGCUGAUCUGUAGCUGAGAGAACUGAGAGGUUCCAGUCCUGAAAAAUGACCCAGUCCGUGCAAGUUAACUCAAAGCUGCCUGAUUUAGGCUCUCCAUUCCUUUACUCCAGUCAGGAGGAAGCUGACCAGCCAGGAUCUUACUCUGUCCAGACGCCUUAUGGCUUCCAACUGGACCUGGACUUCCUUAAAUAUGUAGAGGAGAUAGAGAGUGGGCACAACCUUCGCCGGGCACCUGUCAGCUCCCGGCGUCCUGGACGGGGGCUCAAACUUUCCCAGAGGAGUACAAGCGUUGGAGGACGAACAAGUGGCUGGACAUCCACAGAGUCUCUUGCAUCGCCUGCCAGUGAAGAUGGCAGAGCUCCUCCGCCCCCCCCGCCUCGUAACCGUCUUGGCUCAGCUCCCUGUGAGGGACUUUCUCUUUCUCCCAUAACCUUCCUUAAUGCUUCUCCUCUGUCCACUGGGGCCAAAGUGCCACCGCCUCCACCGCAACGCAACCCAAGAGUCGAGCGAACACUUCUGGAAACCAGUCGGCGGCUACAGCAGGAACAAACCCACCAGCACCAAAAUGGUGGACGCCUCCAGCUCGCAGAUCCUCCCAAACAGCUCACACCCUCUCCAUCCCUUAAGACUGUGCAGAGCAGCUGGACUAAACCCAGCCCUCAGACUUCUGGGCGUAGCACUCCAGCUGCCGGCAUCACUGUGACCCCAAUCCCACCCAGCCAGCUGCAGACCGUUAGAGAGCAGAUGGCUACUGCCUUGAAGCAGCUGAAGGAGAUGGAGGAAAGAGUGAAGGGUGUUCCUGCGCUUGAGAAAGAAGUGGCCCAGCUUCGUGCAGAGAAAGACAUGCUUGUGCUGGCUCUAGAGGAGAAGAAAGCAGCUAUGGAGGUUGCCCAGAAGAAGCAACAGUCUACAGAGUCUUCUACCCAAACUGCAGAGACCCUCCAACCUGAGCACAGUCAUCUGGCUUCACCAAACACAACAGGACACAAGGGUCUUGGAAAAUCUGGUGAACUGAAAAGACUUACAGAAAAGUUUGAGGGGAAGGAACAGAAAGUUCCCCAGCCAUCCUCUAAAGUAAACACUUCAGAAAAAGUAGUUGUUCAAAAGAAAUCAGUGGCUGUUGGGGACGAUGUGCCAAUGGCCUCUGUUGUUUUCUACUACAGCCAUGGUGUAAAAGACUCAUGCGUAGGCACUGAGGUGAAAGUUUGCGAGAAAUUGACGGGAACAGAAUCCCCUCUGGUUCACGAACAGGCUGUACAAGUCAGUGUGGAGACAGAGGAGGCGGAGGUUUGGGUCAUGGAGUCACUACUUGGGCUGACCACAGAGGCUCAGCGGGAGAUAGACACCUUACAGGACACCAUUAAAUUCCAGCAGGAAUCCAUCACGGUUCUAGAAGAUCGGUUGAAUGAAGCCGACAAAGACCUGGGAAUCCUUAGAUCCCAGAUGGAGGAAAAAACCUCUAAACUCACAUUUGAGAAAGACGUUCUUGCCAAACCAGACAUGAAAGAUGCCCAAGUCGAGACUUUAACUUCUGUGUUAAAGCAUGCUGCGGUUUUGUGUCGUCCGGAGGUGACAGAUGCAUGUAUCAGCUGGGAAGCAGAUCAGACAGAACAGGGCACCCAGACUGAAGCUGCAGAGACUGCACCAGAACCAGCUCCUGUGGAGCUGGUCAGCACUGGGUGCCAGUAUGAGAACUUAGGCAAUGAAAAGACUGAGGAGCAGAAAGUGACAGUACCAAAGAAGAGACAGCUGACCAUUGCUGAAUACAAGGUCUCCCCAGAUGAAGAGUUGGUCGGUGGAACUGAGAAAAAAGAUGAAGGCGAAGGAGAGGAGACAGUAGUCAGCAGCACCCAAACAACAACAGGUAUGCUGAAAUCAAUCAUGAAGAGGAAGGAUGGGAGUAACUCCAGUGAGAAUCGGACUGCUGGCAAGAAGAGCCUUCAAUUUGUUGGUAUUCUGAAUGGAGGAUACGAAUCUACCUCCAGUGAGGAGGAAGAGGAGGAGGAGGAAGAGGAGGAAGAUGGGAGUUCUUCUGGAGAAAGUGGAGAGGGCGAAUGCUUGGACAGCACAGAAGAAGAUGAGGCCGCUUUGGAGGAAGAAACCUCUGAGGAGGAGAGAAACGUAAACCUGGAUGAGAGUGACACUGAUGAGGAAACACUGAGAGCUGCAAAUUAUUCAUCCGAUGCUGUGAAAGAAAAAUUUGAGUUUAGCUCAAAAAUGCGUGAAGCCUGCCUCAUACUGAAGAAUCACCUCAACGAAGACGUCCAAACCCUGAAGAGUAAGGAAGUGCUCUCCAGCACCCACACUGUCCAGCUCGAGUGGUUCAGAAUCUCCAGUGCAAAGAUGGCUCAGCCGCCGCGGGUGUCCGACUAUUUAAUGGCAUUCUCUGAGGUGUCUUCAGUGCUGCUGCAGCAUGUUGUCAACAUGACUGAUGGCAACGGCAACACAGCUCUUCAUUACAGCGUCUCCCACUCCAACUUCGGCGUGGUCAGUCUGCUGCUGGACACAGGUGUGUGCUGUGUGGAUAAGCAAAACAAGGCGGGAUACACAGCCAUCAUGCUGGCUGCUCUCUCCACUGUGAAGGAGGAGGAAGACAUGGCUGUGGUGAAAAAGCUCUUCAGUCAGGGGAAUGUGAACGCCAAAGCCAGCCAGGCAGGUCAGACAGCGCUGAUGUUAGCGGUGAGCCACGGCCGGCAGGAGAUGGUGCGGGCCCUGCUGGAGUGUGGUGCUGACGUAAAUGUGCAAGACGAUGAGGGAUCUACAGCCCUGAUGUGUGCCAGCGAACACGGCCGUGCUGAGAUUGUCAAACUACUCCUGGAACAGCCUGGGUGUGACAUCUCCAUCGUGGAUAAUGAUGGCAGUAAUGCUCUGUCUAUUGCACUGGAGGCGGCCCACAAUGACACAGCUGUUCUUCUCUAUGCCCAUAUGAACUACGCUAAGACCCAGACUGCCAUGGGAAGCCCAAAGGCUCAGCAAAGGAGCCCCACGAGCCCCCACAAGUCGUGGCCUGCAGACUGAGACAAUCGCUGCUGCUCACCGAGGAGGCCAGAGACCAGCAAACAGAACUGGAUUUGAGCUGUGAAAAGCUCCACUGGAAUUUACCUAGACUCAUAUGUAUUUAUAUAUUGCUAUAACUUCUGCAUUUAUAAGUAUUGUUAAUAUGAGAAUACUAUUUUUCCAUAAAAGUUGUUAUAUUAUGUACUUAUCUGUUGUGUUGAACUAGGUCUCCUGUUCUUGUUUUCUCUCUGACAGGAAAGAAACCCAACAUUUAUUAUUUGCACACAAAUAACAGAUUACUGUUAAGGCUGACAUAGACCAGCAAAUAAUGUUUAUCAAACAAAUCUUUAAAUAUUGUUUAAACAUAACAUAAUAAUUAAUAUCUGUUCAGAAAAACCUGAUGUCUAUUCUCCAAAAUAUCACUACAGCUUCCUGGACUGGCUUAUUUGUAUGGUGAACCCACUGAGAUGUUGCUGGUGUGGGUGUGCUCUGCUGUCUUCCCUUUCUAUCCUCCAUCCAUCCAUCCAUUUUCUAUACCGCUUAUUCCAAUUCAGAGUCAUGGAGAAGCUGGAGCCUAUCCCAGCACCCUUCAUAUCCUGCCUUGGUUGAUAAAUGUGUAAAACACACACCCGUCCCAUAACUUGCUCAAACUGUCUUUGCACUGUACAGUGCUGGAAAGAGUGAUGACAUCCCUGUAUUUUAUUAAUAUCUACAAAAUUAAAUGAGAAUUAAUACAAACAUUAUGCGCUUAGAAAUCAGGGGUGUCAAAAAUACUGACUACCACUGUACAUUUAUAUAAAUAUUUACAUGUUUUAUAUAUAUUCUUGUCUGUAA